CAACACCUUUUCAGUUAUUUGGAGCAAUAGGAACUUGGAUUUUGACCAUUUUCACUCCACCUUUGUUUAAUUAAUAGAGCUUUGGAACGUGACGUCACUGUUAUGGGCGUAGAGAUAUGAGCGCCUUCUUGUAUGGCCAUAAACACAACCGCGCGAAACGACUGUCUCAGAUAUUUUGAAUAUAAGUUACUUAAAAUUAAUCAGCAAUGGUUCACACUUGCUGCGUUUCUGGAUGUACUGUCCGGUCACACGACCGAAAAGGUAAAAGGAUGGAAAACGGACUUUCGUUUCACGGUUUUCCUGCCUGGAAACAACGCGAGGGAGCAAAGCUAUCGGAGCUCACGAAAAGGAGACGAAUGGCCUGGAUAUCAGCGGUGGGACGUCCUGAUAUUAAGUUCUCCAACAUCCCAAGAUACCUAAAAGUUUGCUCCAGACAUUUCCAUUCUGGCAAACCGUCCUAUGAAAUGGAUGAGCUCAACCUAGACUGGUUUCCAACGCUGAAUCUGGGUCACUGCGAGGUAAAAGCCACAACAUCGGACCGACAUGCACGUAAAUUAACGAGGCGACACGGCAGCGCAGUUGAAGGCCAGGCAGCAAACACCACGGUAGAUCAACAAGUGGGGGAGCAAGUUACAGAAUCACCAGAAGAGGUAAAUAAUGACAACACAGCAGCGGAGGCUGUAGGAGAGGAGCAAGUUGGAGAGGCUGAUGAGGAAACCCCAGGAGAGGAGCUCAGCAAGGCUGCAAACUCCGGAGAGGAACAUGAACCAGCAGCAAAAAGGCAACAACUAGAAUGUUACUGGUGUGAACAGAGGAGAGAAGAAAUAAACCGCCUGUUACAGGAGAACAGGGAGCUCAGGUCAGAGCUGAGUAAAAAACAGCUGGAUGCAGAUUUUCUCAAGGAUGACACAGAAAAAGUAGAAUAUUAUACAGGACUUCCGUGCUUUGUCAUUUUGUUGUCAUUGUUUAACACUGUUAGGCCUUUUCUGCCAGCAUCAAAAGAUCUCUCCCAGUUUCAAAUGGUUUUACUUACAUUAAUGCGUCUAAGACUCGAUCUGCCUGUUCAGCAUCUUUGCCAUCUUUUUAAUGUGUCUCAUAAAACUCUGUCUAAUGCCUUUGCUGACACCCUUGAUGUGUUGUACGCACGCCUUAAGCCCAUGGUCAGCUGGCCCGAGAGGCACUGCUUACAAGCUGCAAUGCCUCCUCGGUUUUUGGAAACCUUUGGAGACCGUGUAGCAAUUAUUGUUGACUGUUUUGAAUUAGGCAGAGAAAGACCCUCCAAUUUAAAAGCGCAAGCACAAUCCUUCUCCCGGCACAAAGGCAGACACACUAUGAAAUACCUCAUCGGUGUGACACCACAUGGGUCCAUCUCUUUUAUUUCUAAGGGAUGGGGCGGGCGUGCAUCAGACAAGCACAUAACUGAAAACUGUGGCCUUCUCUCCAAUUUAUUACCUGGGGACGUUGUGUUAGCGGACAGAGGCUUUGAUAUCAAAGACAGUGUAGGAAUGAUGUGUGCUGAGGUUCAAACGCCGACAUUCACUAAAAGGAGACGUCAACUGGACGCUAAAGACGUCGAAGACACGCGAGCUUUAGCUCACCUCAGAGUUCACGUGGAAAGAGUGAUGGGCUGCAUGAGGAACAAAUACAAAAUGUUACACAGAACUACACCAAUUCAGCUGCUGCUUCCAUGUGAGGGUGAAGAGGUGACGCGUCUCGACAAGGUUGUGUAUGUGUGCUGCAGCUUAGUGAACAUGUGUUCUAGUGUGGCUGUGAAAUGAAAGCUGCACAUGUUGACAUGGAACUGCACUGAUGUCAAUUAAAAUGCAGGUUGGAAAAAAAUAAAAAGAUUUUCUGAACUCAUUUUGAAAUAUUUAUACAGUCAGUACUGUUUUAUGUAAAAUGUAGAUAGUAAAAAUUCGUGAUUUUUGCAUUGGAAUGUGUGUAGAGUUGAAUAACAACAUGGGAGUGGCUGAUUUCUCUCAUUUAAUAAUUUAAUGUGGUAAACGUGAAACAUUUGAUUCAAGCACUUCAAGUCGCAUGUAAACAGGCGAUGAAGUGGAUUACAUUUUAAGUAAAAAAAUGUAAAUAUUUCAUAUAGUAAAUAUACAUGGAAUGAAAUAGAUUACAUUUUUAAAUGAGCAUAUUAUGUGAUUAAAGGUAAACGCUUAUAAAAUCAGACAGUUUGCAGUAAAUUUCAUGUAACAAGCAAACCAGGUGAAAGAGCCCAUCUUUAAACAUUGGACGUGUAAUUAUGAAAUAAAUCACACCUUUUAGUAAAUACUGGUGUGAAUAGUGUGUAAUAUUCCUCCAUUCCUGACAAACCAACAGCCUUCCUGUGCUCUAAUAGCGUGUCAAGGAGAGGAUCCAAGUCUUCCAGAUUUGCAGGUGGGAUUUUUCUUUGUUGUGAACGGUUUCUUCUGGCUGUUGCUGAGACUUCAGCAUGGAUUCUUUUGAGAAGCUGAAGUACUGGAGUCAAUUUUAUGGCCAAACUUCUGGGUGAACCUUUUGGCUCAUCUGUAGCAGUUUCUGUGCCUCAUAUCUUCGCUGUUGCUUCCACCUUAGAAAGUAGGGCACCUAUAUGGGUGCAGGUCUCUGCUGCCCCUGCCAUGCAGGUGCAAUGUUCACUCUCAACAGUCCCAGUGUUGCUCAGCAUGACCAACGGUGUUCAACGGUGGCUCAGAGAGUCUCAGAGUUCAUAAACCUGAUGACACAAAUUUAAAAUGGUGAAUGAAAAGACAGAAACAUUUAAAAAAAAAUGUGUACAUGUGAAUCUACAGGUAGUUGAACUGUUUAUUAUAGAAUAAUAACCAUGACAUUGUAAUUUCAAAGAGGUGAUCAAUUACAAAGCUGAAGUUGGGUUCUGAUUGUAGCUUCCAAUAGGUUAAAUGCAUACUUUACUUCCUUGAGCAUCUGUGGUCUACUUAUUUAAAAAUUACAAUAUUUCAUCAAUUACA